AUGCCCUUCCAGAGGCUGCCAAUGUCGAGGCUACUGUCGUCUACUCGCCCAUUGAGACCACCCAGGUCUGCCAAACCGCUAGCUGGGCCCCGACUCUUCACGCAGAAUUCCCAAUUACUCCUCGUAUCUGGUGUCUCUCCGCGACCGCAGCUACCUUUUCUUCAUCCUGCCACUGGCAGCAAAAAUCCUCCUUCAGCAACACGGAAUCAAUUCCAGAACCAAUUGUCCCGCCUCAUAACCACGGAAAGAAAGCUUUAUUUCAAAGAUCAGUUAUGGAAGGGAGCCAAAUAUAGCGUGUAUGGCUGGGCAGGCCUGUUACUACUGAGCAUCAUGGCAUUUGGUCUCCGAAAUGAGGUCUUGGAACGUCGAUUCCCGUCUCCUCCAGAAUGGAGUAUGAUAAGUCGAAUCAUUUACCGCAAUGCGAAUGACCUGGAACAUCUAGAUCCCAGUGGCACCGACCCCACAGAUUGGUCUAGCGCAGGCGAUUGCAACCGCCGAUUACUCAAGCGUCUCGAGGAUCCCGCCGUAGAUGGUCGAGAUCUACGGCCCUUGUUACAGGAGGAAGGAGACAUAUAUGUUGCUGGGUCUGGCAAAGCUGGACUAGACGUCUCCUCCAAGUCGGAACCCUGGAGGCGUGGUUACUACACUUGUCUUAUGGGUAUCGCAAAGGCAUCUGAAAAUAGAGAAGGCUGGGUCUGCGAUACCACAAGAAAUAAGACUUUCCCACCAGAAUACUUGAUCGGGCCUUCGAAUCCACGCCCGAAGCCUGUACCUUACGGGGCGCCACCUGCUCCUCUUGAAGAAAAUUGUGUUCCGGACUUUUCACCGGCCGAGAACCAUUACAUGAAGAUUCUUACUACCCAAGGAUUCAAUACACGCCAGCGUCUUGACGCUGCGUUAGCUUAUGCUGAUUGGCUUGACUUCAAAGGCCUUUCUUCAACGGCAGAAGAGAUGUACAGUUGGGGCCUCGAUAUCGCAAUGGGGGCGCUACCAGUGGGGGUCAAUAAUAUCAUAGACCUCAAGUCUGGGGUUAUCGACCAGAGAGCCACUUAUAUAUCCUCAAAUGUACUGCUUGCAACAACUUCGCUAGCCUUUCAUCACGCUCGGAACAACAACCUUGCGGCGGCUCUGCCUAUCUACCUGUCUGUCUUACGAGCUAGAAGACAACUCCCAGCGCUUUCAUCGCAGGACCGAACAGGGUCUAAUUCACUUGAGGGAUCAUCGAUUGCCCAAGUCCUCUUGUUUUUCCAAUCCAUGAUUGUCACACCACCAUAUCCCCCGGCGCCACCUACCGGCGAUGAGAUCGCAUUCCGGACGUCAGCUGCGAAAUGUGAGGAAGCUGGCGUAAUGGCCCAUGUUGGUGAAAUCUUGUUUGCCUCAUCCUCUGCGGGCUCGUCUGCUAAAGUUUCAUCCGAUACCGUCAGAGGGUCAUUGGUUUCUUCUAGAUCAGUGGCCGGUCAGUUGAAGAGUCGACAAUCCGGCUUAAGCUGGACUCGUGACGCUGUAGAUUUGGCUGAAGCCACCCUUACAUUAGCAGACAAAGAUGAUGAAGAAACCCGAGACAAGUGCUCUCAAUGCCUUGCGCUUGGCAUGGACAAUUGGUCCAAGAUGGUCGCGAAGUUGCUCAAAGACGAGCGAAAAGCUAAGGCAGAAAAGCAGCCGAUGGCCAGCAGCAGUCGGCUUUGGGGUAGCUCUGCAACGGUUGAAGAUGAAGGGAGAUGGGAGCGCGAAUUCCAGGUGGUAGACGAGAGACUCGAGAACGUCCGAAGGCUACUUAGUAGAGAGGCUGACAGAAAGGAAAGCAAGAGUGGCUACUUGUUCAUGUAA